UCGAAUGAUGGUGAAACCGUCGACGAGACUUUGCUAAAACUAUUAGAGAGACUAGGUGGUAGCGGAAACGCCGAAACUUCGUCGAACUUUUGGUUGCCAUUCAUUAAGACAGGGGCGAUCAGUUAAAUUGAAACCAUGUGAUUCGCAAGGGAGACAUCUACCCUAUGAUUAACUGUGAUAGGAAGGACACGAGAGGGUUUUACUUAUUAUGGCAGAGGAUGGUUUAGCUAGGAACUUAGAUGAUGUAACAGUAGGUACUGGAGGUAAUGGAGUGAUACAAGGCAGAACACCACAGUCAGCAGCAAGCAGCCACGGUAAAGGAAAAACUGCAAGUAGAGGAAGAAUUUAUAAUAACAGGCUUGCAUCUGCACAUGGUCAGUACUAUCCUAGUGCUGAUAGCUCGUCAGGAUACUGUCAUCCACAUGGCAAUGACUGGAAACUCACAUCAAAUGAAGAUGACAAGGCCCGAUAUACAGUGAAGCAAAUUGAUCAUGAUGAGAUAGGGGAAUUGUCAAGAGAGCAAGACACUGUCCUGGAAUCACAACGAGGGGCAUGCUACCAACCUACCAAGAUGGAGACAGAGGCAGUCUGCCAAAAGAAAGAAGACAUUGCUAAUGACUCUCGAAAAGCUAGGGGGAAAACUGCUAAAAUUUCAGUGGACCAGCCAAGGGCAAAAGAAAGCAGAAGAAAGAACUCACAAGGUAAAAGGGGACUUCAAAGACAUCAUGGUGGCAACAAUGAAUUUACCCCUUUAUCUCGCGAUAGUCAUGAAUUCUGUAAUGACCUUACAAUGCAAGAAAGAGUCAUUCAUAAAUCCAAGAUUUCUACUAAAAUGGACUCUUUAAGCUCUAUAUGGCAACCUAAUUUUAACUACAGUAAACAUGGACACAGAUCCAAGAAACUUGAUAAACCAGAUGGUAGGCAGAAGGGACAAAAGGGAGAAACUUCUGCAAUAAAAACAGGAAAGAGAGGCAAUAUAAGAGAUUACAGAAGACAAAAGGAAGAAGUUCUUCGAACACUCAGUUAUCUUAAUCCACUGCAGUCAUCUCAAGCCAGUGUCUUGAUAGAACAGCUAAGGAAUGAGACAUAUGAGUGUAUGGUUUGCUGUGAACGGAUUCGAUGUAGUGCUGCUGUGUGGAACUGUUGCAGUUGUUAUCAUUUGUUUCACAUGGGCUGUGUGAGAAAAUGGGCAAAAUCCUCUGUGGCUAUACCUCCAGAAGGUGAUGAAAUUGGUGGUUGGCGAUGUCCAGGCUGUCAACAUAUUACUCAGGGUAUUCCAGCUGUCUACAAAUGCUUUUGUGGGAAAGUUACUGAUCCUGAGUGGAGACGUCAUGAAGGGUUGACACCUCACAGUUGUGGAGAACUAUGUGGAAAACAGAGAGAUUCACUUUGCCAACAUCACUGUAACCAGCUCUGUCAUCCUGGGCCCUGCCCUUCUUGCCCUGUGAUGAUAACAAAAGCCUGUUCCUGUGGAAAAACAAAGAAGCGCAUUAGGUGUGGUCAGGCAACUGUCAUAUUGUGUGACCAAGUUUGCAACAAAAUUCUCAACUGUCUCACCCACAAGUGUUCAAGAAUUUGUCACCAAGGUCCCUGUGGAGACUGUAAAAUCCUUGUACAACAAGUUUGUUAUUGUGGAAAACAACACCGGGAGGUGUUUUGUGGAGCAGGUGUACCUGGCAAUGAGGAUCUGGAAGCAAAAUCAGGAUGUUUCUCUUGCCAAGACAAGUGCUUAAGGACCCUUGAUUGUGGUAACCAUAACUGUCAAAAUGUUUGUCAUAUUGGAGUUUGUAAAGAAUGUCUGCUGAAGCCAUCAAUUUUAACAAGUUGUCCAUGUGGAAAAACUCCUGUUUUUGAUUUGCUUGGUGGUCAUGAUGUCAGAAAAUCCUGCUUAGAUCCAGUGCCAACCUGCAAAUUGAUGUGUGGGAAGGUUCUUCCUUGCAGUCCAUCCAAAGAUCUGUCAUCUGCGGAAGGCAGAGGAGGCAAAACCACCAAAGAGCACUGCUGUAAAAUGCAAUGUCAUCUAGGUGAGUGUGGUCCUUGUGAUGGAAGGACAAAAGUCAAGUGUAGAUGUGGUACAAAUUCCAAGGAGAUCCCUUGCUCAGAGAUAAACUUUGAAGAAUAUACCUGUGACCAACGCUGUAACAAGAAAAGACAAUGUGGACGACACAGGUGUAACAAGAAAUGCUGUGGGGAUGUGGAACACAAGUGUGAGUUUAUUUGUGGUAAAAAGCUGCAAUGUGGUCUUCAUCAAUGCCCAGAACCUUGCCACCCUGCUGGUUAUUGUCCACCUUGCUUGAUGUCAGGCUUUGACGAAUUAAAAUGUUAUUGUGGAGCUACAGUUUUGUACCCACCAAUCCCAUGUGGAACUACACCUCCUGAGUGUGACAAGCCUUGCUCAAGGAUUCAUACUUGUCACCAUCCAGUGAAUCAUACAUGCCACAGUGAAGAAUCGUGCCCUCCUUGCACAAUAUUGACCAAGAAAAAAUGUAUGGGAGACCAUGAGGUUCGACACAACAUUCCGUGCCAUGUAAAUGAUGUCUCAUGUGGAAAGGAGUGUGGAAAACCACUGAAUUGUGGACACAAAUGUCUUAAAAUUUGUCAUAGGCUUCCAUGUCUGAGUGACGAUGAGCCAUGUUUACAACCCUGCGAGUUUCCACGUAAGGAUUGUGGUCACCCAUGUGCAGCAACCUGCCAUUCUGGCAAGCAAUGCCCAGCAAUACCAUGCAAAGUGAAGGUCACAGUAAAAUGCAAAUGUGGGAGACGUUCAGAAAAGUUACCCUGUCUUCAAGGGGGCGAAAAGACGGCUGUUACUCAAGCAUAUCAGCGCCUGGCCACGGAGACACUUGCAACCAAGAUGAAAGAUUUACAAAGUGGCCAGUGUAUAGAUAUCAGCAGCAUGAUGAAAGUGGAUGAUAAGAAGUUACGAGAGCUUGAGUGUAACAGUGAUUGUCAUGUACACGAACGAAACAGACGGUUGGCCGAAGCACUUAACAUUGAAAAUGCUGAUUUGUCCCAAGAGGUCUCAUUUCGCUUUUCACCAUUCCUUUGGACGGAAGCCAAGCAAAAUCUAAAAUUUGCCAAGUCUGUGGAGGAGGCACUGGAAAAUCUUGUUCAAGCUACUUUGAAGUCAACAACAUCUCAAAGGACACAUUCCUUUCCACCGAUGAACUCAAAUCAAAGACGGCUCGUCCAUGAACUCGCUGUGUUUUACAACUGUGCAUCCAGAAGUUAUGAUAAAGAACCGAAAAGAAACACAGUAGUAACUGCCACUAAGGAGUCUCGUCUUCCUUCUGCAAGAUUAUCAUCACAGAUAGAAAGAGAAAUCAACCCGCCUCCUCCUCAGCCCAUACCAUUCCUACCCUCCUCUCAGGAACCUACAAAAAAGUUAUUGUCUCAGGAAAGGAAAAAAACCGCAUGGGCACAACCUCCUGAUUACUUUUCCGAUGAUUUCCAAGACUGAUAACAAGAUGCCAACUUGAUUUAACUAAAUUCAUAGGAGAAAGAGACAGAAGUUAGAAGAAGAACUGAAGUGUGAUCUUCCUGGCUCUUUAAUUAUAAAAUGAAUGAAGUGGGAAGACUUAAACGUCAAUUAAUUUACUCUUCUAACAUUUACUCUAAAAGAAUUACAAACCCUUACAUAAUAUUUUCUGAUACCUUUAAAAUAAGGAUUCGAAUUACCGCUGCAUCCUUAUGUCAGACUGCGUUUUUCGGGAAGGGAGUCGAGACUAGCAAAUAAACUCUAUUACCAUGAGCGUCAUGUUGAUUUGGUUUGUAUCUGCUUGGGUUACAAAACAACGUUGGGCUACAAAACAGCAGUCAUUAUUUUUGAAACUACAAGCAUGGUUACGCCGAUUAGAAAUUUGUAGAAAUCGUUAUUUUGCCCCCUACCCAAUCUACAAGGUCUUUCAAAAGUUCGUGCACUUCCUCUACGAUCCUAUAUCUUACUGCGAAUGUCUACGAUUCUCCCUUUCCCGCCCUCGUUGUUAUAUUUAGUUUUCCUGUUUUUUUAAAAUUAUCUCCAAACAAUACCUUUUCUCGGAAGGCGUACGCGCUUAUUCGCCUGACUUUUAUGCUCAAUGGAACACUGAGGAAUCGCCUUAACGAUAACCAGAUCAGACCCCGCAUUUUUGUAAGGCCAUACAUUUGAUAAUCGCGCGUUAAAAUAGACGCUCAUAAACAAAACCUAUUUGACGCAAAUUAUAUUUCUAUUUAAUGUGUGAAACAUAACUUUAAACAUACGUAACAUGGAAGACAAACUAUGUAAUUAUUGGUACGAAAAUCCUCUACACAUCCGGUAGGCAUGACUUCAUGCCUACUUCCUGGCAAUAUUAAAUACGCGUUAUUGACCAAGCGUGAGGUCAUGAUGGUUGUAUAUUGACCGAGCCCUUUUUUUGCGUUUUAUGGACUUCGACUUCGUCUCUUUCCAUGAAAAAUAAAUAAACAAUAAAAACAGGCUAAUAUCCAGCCAUCUUGACCAUACAAGCAUGGUCAAUAACGAAUUUAUUGUAAAGAAAAAAGAUUUCGUCAAUAUUACGGUUAUUGUGAUCUUUUCUGUGAUUGGUGGAUUAGCUGAGUGGACUUAGUAUAAUUGGCUGCUUCAGCUGUCCGAUUACAGCCAACUGUCCGAUUACAACUGUACAGAAUGCCUGAUGGAAAUUGAAGCUGUGGAUGCAACCAUAAUAUUAAUAAAAUCAUACUCGUGAUUGACAAAUCGGACAAAUCCGAUUUUGUUAAUCACUACUAUGGCUACAGACCAGAUUGGAUUCCACUCGCUCCUAUUUCUAUUAUUUAUUUUAGUUGCAGAUACGAAAUCUUAGGAAAAAAACAGAGGAGUAUGUGUAUAAAUAGCAACACAAAGAUAAUUUAUGGCGCACGUCAGAAUACUAUUCAUUUGCUCAAAGUUAUCAAAUCGAUUUCAACUUUAGGAAAUUAUAUUUGGAUCGAUGACAGAGAUUUAAGUGAAUAGCAUCGAUUUUCCGGAUUGAAA